AUGGAUUUCGAGAAACAGAGCUACUGGCACGAGCGGUUUUCGCACGAGGAGUCCUUUGAAUGGCUCGUCUCCUCGUCGGAUUUCAUGGCCGUCAUCGACCCGCUACUCCCGAAGCCACCGGAGACGGCCCGGAUCUUGCAGCUAGGCUUCGGCACGAGCGACCUGCACACACAUCUGCGUCGCCGCGGCUACGAAGAUGUCACCAACGUCGACUACGAGCCGCUGGCCGUCAAACGGGGCACGGACUGCGAGGAACGGGCCUUUGGCGACGUGCGCAUGAAAUACGUCGUCGCCGAUGUGACCCGACUCGAAGAGGACGGCGUUUACGACCUGGUCAUUGACAAGAGCACCGUCGACGCCGUGUCCUGCGCCGGCGGUGAGGCGUUCCAGCUCAUGGCAGAGGGCGUGAAACGGAGUCUCAAGCCCGGCGGCGUUUGGAUUUCUCUUAGCCUCUCGGCUCUACGGUUUAGUGCAGCGGAUCUGCCGUUUGAAGUGGAGGUUUUCCAUCGGUUCCCGACGCCCAAGUUGAAACCGCAUGAUCCAGAUAUCUUCAACUUUUGUUAUCUUCUGCAUCCCAAACCAGCAUCGCCUGGAGAAUUGCAGCCUCGACGGUCUUCCUUCAUGAUGGGCCUUGGGGAGGCCGGAGCUGUCUCAUCAGGCUUGAAAGUGUAG